AUGGAAAGUGUCAGCAUCGGAAACGAGCUUAAGGACAGUUACAAACGAGUUGAUAAAUGGGUCAAGUCCAACAUCAGCUGGCUCAGUGAAGUGGAGAACUUCUACAAACAGCGAGCUACUAUAGAACGGGAAUACGCAGAUAAAUUAAACCAAUUGACGUCGGAAUCGUUUAAAAAUAAAGCCAAAGCCACAUCAGUUCUCUCCGUUGGAGAGGAUCCCGUCAUCACUCCUGGUUCUCUAGAAAGUGCAAGCAUGGUGGCUUGGACGGAAAUCUUGACUCAGGCGGAAAGCAUCGCUAAGCAGAGGACUCAAUUGGCACGUGACUUUGAUAGUCGUAUUGCGGCCGACGUCCGAAGCACCAUGGAAAAGUACGAGUCGAUCCGUACCCGUUGGAAAGGUGCAAACGAUGAGAUAAUCCACAUCAGAGACAAGAAUUAUGAGGAGGUGAAGACGAAAAAAAAGUUGUAUGACGAAGCUUGUCAGGCUAUGGAAAACCGGAGAGCCAAGUCUGAGAGAAAUAGAGGUUCUAGUACGGGAAGCCAAGAAAAGUUGCAGAAGAAGGAGCAGGAGAUGAAUGUGGCCAAGAAUCGAUACUUGCUUUCUAUCAACGUGGCCAAUCGAUUGAAGGACAAGUAUUACUAUCAGGAUAUUCCCGAGAUUUUGGAUGGACUUCAGAGUGUUAACGAGGCCAAAGUGAGUCGCUUGAAUUCCAUUUUACUUAGUUCCGCCUAUUUCGAGCGCAAGUGCAAUGAAAAAAUCAGCCAAUAUCUUAAGACCGAGGAUACAGUGGUUCAACAGAAUCUACCUCGUCUUGAUACUGCCAUGUUUGUCAAGCAUAAUAUGGGCUCUUGGAAAGAGCCUGCAGAUUUUCUUUUUGAGCCAUCUCCUAUUUGGCAUGAUGAUGAGACUAUGGUGGUAGAAGAAGGAAGUGUAGAGUUGGAGGACUUGAAGAUAAAAUUGGGCGAAUCCAGUUCUACUUACGAGAAGUACGGGGAGAUUUGUAUGAAUGAAAAACAGGACGUCGCCGAGCUAUUGGACGAAAGAAAUAAGUUGUUAGGUGAUUCAUUCAAAGAGGUAAAGAUCAAAUCCAAGGAGGAUUAUGCCAAAUUUGAGAUUCUUUUGGUCAAAUCGAUCACUUCAUUGCAGCAGUUUACGGCUGAUGAUUCCAAAAGAGUCAGUGCGGAGGUAGAGAUUGAGGUGAUCCAGUCUGCUACUAAUGGCAAAGAUAUGACAAUCACGAGACCUAUUCAUAAGCAGAAGAAGUCGCGAUUUGGGUUGUUUAGGAAGAAGAAGGAAGCUGGUGGUAGUGAUGAGUUGAGCGAGGAAGGAUCCGAGAUGCGUAGUUUGAGUAGUUCUAUCAGUAAGAUCUCAAUCAACCCCGGAAAUAGCAAAAUGAGAGUUUUUAGUGGCAUCGGAAAGAAACUCGGGCUAACCACUAGUGUCAUUGGGGCCGUUGGUUCUACCACUGCCACAGCUAGAUUUACAUACGAUGCAGCAGGAGACGACGAACUUAGCGUGACAGCAGGAGAAGCCCUUACAGUGAUAGAAGUUGAUGAUGGAUCGGGUUGGACGGUAGUUGCCAAUGAAACACAAACUCAAGGUCUCGUUCCGACGAGUUACAUAGAGGUGGAGCAGCAGGAUGCAUCAACAAGAUCUUCCUCACCUAAAAAAGUGGGUCCUAGAGUGGCACCACGUAAAGGAGCGAAAAGAAUCAAGUACAUGGAGAUAUUAUAUGACUAUAGUCCUCAGGGAGACGACGAAUUGGAUGUCAAAGCAGGUGAAAAGAUUGUUGUGGUAAGUGGUGAUGAUGGAUCAGGAUGGACAGAGGGGGAAGUGAACGGGGAGAGAGGACUGUUCCCAACCAGUUAUGCUAAGGAUAUUUGA